AUGGCUGCUAGGAAGAGGCUCGCCCAGGAAGGGGUGCAGGGCGCCCCCGUCAACAAGAGAAAGUCUCUCCUGAUGAGGCCCCGCCACUACAGCCCCAGUGAGGCGUGCUGUGAGGAGGAGAACGAGGACCUGGCACCGCCACAGGACAAAGAAGAGCUGAGGAACAUUGACACUCCAGCAGAUGGAUACUCAGAAACACUUAACGAGCCCAAGAGAAAUGGCUGCCAGGACGCAAUAACAAAACCCAAUGAUUCCUUUGGAUGGUCUGAAGUGGUGACUGACUCUCCCCAUCAGGAGGCUGCAGCCUCAGAAACUCUGGAGGACGAAGAGGUGGCGGAACAAAUCCAAGAAGAAGAGGAAGAAGACCAAAGUCAGGACAGAAUGAGUAUGACUUGCAGUUCGUCGCCACGUAAAAGCCCAUACGGAGACAGCUGGGAAGCCGAGUGGGAGCCUCUGUCCCUGUCUCAUUCUGCAAGGGUGAAUGGCUCCAAUGGCUCUAUCAGCAGCCCCUCCAAAGCCACCACCAGAGAAAGAUACCUAUUGGGAAGAAACGACUACCUACACAUGAGAGACCAUGAUCCUGACUCGGUCCUUAGUGGGUACAACAUGGGCAGAGCAGGUCCCUUCCAGACAGGGCCUCUGCGGCUCUACCGAUCAACCCCCAGUGAGGAGGACAGUGAGGGGGAGCCAGAGGUGGAGAGGCCUCCUCGGCUGGAGGCCUGGGCCCUGGGCCUGCAGGAGAUGGAGAGACCCCUGAGAGGGAGGGUGAACCUGAGCCUCCUGGAGCAGGCCAUGGCAUUGCAGUCAGAGCAGAGGCAGGUCCUCCACAAUGCCUACAGGGAGAUGGAUAGGUUCCUACUGGAGCAGAUGACCAAUGAGAGGAGGCACCAACGGCUACUGGAUGUGGACACCAGGGUGAGCUAUCAUGGAUGCAAAGACUCUCCACGACCAGAUAAGAAGGAUAUAAGAUGUCCUACCCCUGGUUGUGACGGCACUGGCCAUGUCACUGGUCUGUACCCCCACCACAGGAGUCUGUCUGGCUGUCCCCACAAAGUCAGAGUCCCCCCAGAGAUCCUGGCCAUGCAUGAAAACAUCCUCAAGUGUCCUACUCCCGGGUGCACAGGAAGGGGCCAUGUAAACAGCAACCGUAGCACCCACCGGAGUCUCUCAGGCUGCCCCAUUGCUGCUGCAGUGAAAGUCUCCAAACCUCAAGAGGAGAGCCCCAAAUGCAGACAAGCACCUGAACGAUUGCCUCUCGGCCCCCUCAUGAAGAAGUUGGAGUUGAAUCAGUAUAACUACAGGUUCGCCCAUCACCAUCCUGUCACCACCGCCUUGCAAGCCAACCUCACCAAGGACAUGGACAAGUACAGCAAGAUCCGCUUUGAUUACGCCAGCUUUGAUGCACAGGUCUUCGGCAAACAACCUCUGAUGGCACCCAACCAGGACCAAGAAAUCUCUUCUUCACACUUCCCUGACUCUCUACAGUACACUGGCUUUCUGGGCUCCCCUGGCAAUCGCCUGCCCACGCCAGGCCCUGGACGCCACAGCCCACCCAGCCAUUACAAACUUGGAGGUGAGGGGCUCCAAGCCACCUCUGCCACCACUGCCAUCCUCAACCUCUCCACCCGCUACCGAAGCAACAUGGAGUCCAUCUCGGGUCGGCCCUUGGCGUCCUCCACAAAGGACAUGCCCAUAGAAGUGGAUGAGAACGGCACUCUGGACCUGAGUAUGAAGAAGGGUCGGGAGGUGAAAGCCCCACCCCAGGUGCCUUUGGGAGACGCUACCCAGUCCCCUCCUGAGUCCACUCUGUCCAAGCAGGCCGGAAGUGUGCACAUCAGCCCUGCCUUCUACCAGGCUCUGUGCGAGAGAGACACCUGGGACACCCCUCUCAACUUCAGCAAAGCACAGCAACAAAUAAUGCACAACAGAGAGCAGGAAGAUUUUGAUGACGCUUCUCUGGAGGACCAGAGCUACUCUGGAGACGCAAGCAUGUUCAGCCCCAAGACCGAUAUGCUCUUAAGAGACUCUAAGAAAGAGCUGAUGAGCUGUCCUACCCCUGGCUGUGACGGUAGUGGCCAUGUUACAGGAAAUUAUGCAUCACAUCGAAGUGUAUCUGGGUGUCCCCUGGCUGACAAGACUCUCAAAUCACUGAUGGCAGCCAACUCUCAGGAACUAAAGUGCCCAACACCUAGUUGUGAUGGAUCUGGACAUGUGACAGGGAAUUAUUCUUCACACAGAAGUUUGUCAGGAUGUCCACGUGCCAGAAAGGGAGGCUUGAAGCUUACACCAAACAGAGAUGAAAAAGACGACCAAGAAAUAAAGUGUCCAGUGAUGGGUUGUGAUGGCCAGGGCCACACAUCAGGGAAGUACACAUCUCACCGCAGUGCAGGGAGCUGCCCCCUUGCUGCCAAGAGGCAUAAAGAGUCAUCCAUCAAUGGCCUCCCCUUCCCCUGGAAUAAGGCCUGCAAACAGGAACUGCCCCACUGUCCCCUGCCCGGUUGCAAUGGCCUUGGACACGCCAAUAACGUGUUUGUCACCCAUAGAAGUUUGUCUGGAUGCCCUCUUAAUGCUCAGAGUAUUAAGAAGAAGUUGACAGGAGAGGAGAUGAUGACUAUUAAACUUCAAGCCAGCAGUGGAGUCGACAACAACGAUGACGUGCAACACUUGGAUCAUGAAAUCAAAGAACUGAACGAAUCCAACCUGAAAAUAGAAGCUGACAUGAUGCAACUGCAGACACAAAUUUCAUCGAUGGAAUGUAACCUGAAGACAAUUGAGGAGGAGAACAAGAUGAUUGAACAGCACAACGACAGCCUUCUGAAGGAGUUAGCUCACCUCAGCCAGGCUCUUAUCAACAGUCUCACAGACAUCCAACUGCCUCAAAUGGGGCCCAUCAGCGAGCAUAAUUUCGAAGCCUAUGUGAACACAUUAACAGAUAUGUACAACAGCUCUGAGCAUGACUACUCUCCCGAGUGUAAGGCUCUCUUGGAUAAUAUCAAACAGGCUAUGAAGGGAAUCCACGUUUAAGCUGUCGAGCCAUCAAGAGGAGGUAUCUUUGAGUUGGGAUAAUGGCACUGGAUGGCUGUGUGCAGUGAUGGCUUAGUUGCAUGUAUAAGACAAGGCUUUGGGAAAUGUGUCGACAUUUCACCGUUGAAUACAUUGCACUGAGACAAUUACCAGCCAAAAAUAAUUUGUAAUUUUUUUAACGCUUCUGUAUUCACUUGACAUGUUUCUUCUGGUGAGAUUUCUACCCCCCUUGCACUUAAUUAUUUUGAAUGGUUUGCUUGAUUUAAAUCUGUAUUUAUUUGUUGUCUUUUUUAUAUUAUUAUUAUUUAUAAUCCUUAUUCAUCAAUGUAUUUAUUUCCACACAUUUGUAUUUAUUUCUAUCAUUGUAAAAUGCUAAAUAUUUGAAAUCUUUUGACUAAUUCUGCACAUUGUAAAUGACAUUGAAGCACGUUCCA